UGACCUCUUACCUGCCUCCCUUAGUGUCACUGACCUCCCCAUUGCCUUGACAAAUCUUCCUAUCCACCCUUGACCUCUACCUAACCUUCCUAUCCACCCUUGACCUUACCUAUCAUUUACCUCCACGGUACCUAUCACUGACCUUUUACCCACCUCCCUUACUGUCAUUGACCUCUUACCUGCCCUCCUUACUGCUGCUGACCUCCCCAUUGCCUCGACAAACCUUCCUAUCCACCCUUAACCUUACCUAUCAUUGACCUCUUACCCACCUCCCUGUCACUGACCUCCCCACUUCCUUAAACCUUACCUAACCUUCCUAUCCACCCUUGACCUUACCUAACCUUCCUAUCCACCCUUGACCUUACCUAUCAUUGACCUCUUACCCAUUUAACUCUUACCUGCCUCCCUUACUGUCACUAACCUCCCCACUUUCUCAUAACAAACCUAUCAUUGACCUCCCCAUCUCUUCAUAACAAACCUCCUUUCCUAUCCCUCCUGUCCACCCUUGACCUCUAUGGUACCUAUCAUUGACCUCUCACCUGCCUCAUGUACUGCCAUUGACCUCCCCACUUCCUCAUAACAAACCUUACCUAACCUUCCUACCCACCCUUGACCUCUACCUAUCAUUGACCUCUUGCCUACCUCCCCUACUGCCAUUAACCUCCCCACUGCUUCAUAACAAACCUCUUUACCAAUCUGACCUUCCUCUCCACCCUUGACCUCCACCUGUCAAUGACCUCUUACCUAACACUUAUAUUACCCUCUCUAGUCCCUACCUUAAAUUAUUUACCUUAACUAACCUUCACACGUAACCUUAACUUCCUUACAUUAACUUUAUCUAACUGACCUUAAUUCCUGCUUACCCUUGACCUCUAUCUAUCAUUGACCUCCUACCUAUCAUUUACCUCCCAACCUAACAUCGAUAUUAACCUCCCUAGUCCCUACCUUAACAUGUAACCUUAACUUUCCUACCUAACAACCCUUACAUAUCAUUGGCAUCUUACCUUUCCCUCCCUGCAUAACUAACCUUCUUACCUUACACUUACCUUACUAUCCUGCCCUACACCUUAUAUUUACCUUCAUUUUUGCCUUCAACAUCUCCCUGAGGCCCUCCGUCUAAAUGUUAUUACUCCCUCGUCAUGUCCUCGUCCUCCUCAUGCUCUGCUGACCUCGAGGAAUGAUGCCUUGGCCUCCCUGGCCUUGAGUCAUGGCCAUGGAGGUGAGGGGCGUGGGAGGGGGGGACUUGGGCUCCAGCACGGUGGUGGUGAACAGUGAUGGUGAGCUGCAGUACGAGCUGAACCAGCAGACCAACUCCUUCCUCGCCAACACACACCUCGUCCAACAAGGGUCGUUGUCAGAUGGGGGCAACACAAUGCUCAGUCUGCCCAUCCAGUUGGUGCAGCUGCAUGACCCAGGGGGCGAAGGUGGGGGUGUGCGGGGCUCUGGGGGCAUCUCGGGGUCCCAGGCCUUCAACGGGCACAUCAUCAUCAAGAACGACCCUGAUGGCACCCGCACGCUGCUGCUCGAUCCCUCGGAAGUCGGGCUCUCUGUGGGUGGGGAGGACGGCGGAGAGAAUCGACUCAUUCCGCUGAACGACUUUUCUGAGGUUGGCACCGGGUCCUCCCUGUCAGACCUAAAUGAUCGGAAUGGGUUUCUUCAGUUGGAUGAGAGUAUGGUGACCAUGAACCAGGACAUGGGACAGGGCGGCAUAAUCCUGGCCAGUGACGGAGACUACCUCACGCAGAAGGACGGCACCAUACCCCAGUUUGCAGCACUCAACAUUGUGGAUGGACAGAUGGUGCUGACAGCAACAGAAACGGGCAUUGAUGACACGGUGACCUUGGAGGGCAGCAGCCUCAUGAACUCUGCUCUACACCCACAAGACUCCAUUAUUCCCACACAAAUACCUAUUUCUGUCAAGAGGGAACCGGAUGUUGAGCCUCCAGUGGGUAAGGGGCCAUUCAGGUGUAACUUCUGCAGCUUCACUGUGGAGAAGUGGACGCAGCUCAAGAAGCACCUCAAGAAGCACCUUGAGGACAAGCCGUAUCGCUGCUUUGAGUGUGAUGCAUCAUUCAAUGUGCAGAAAAACCUGCGUUUGCAUGAGGCCUUGCAUGCGACAGACUCCUUGGUGUGUCCAGAGUGUGAGAAGACCUUCCGCCGCAUGGCAUCCUUCAAGGCCCACCUGGCGGUCCACGAAGAGGAUGAAUCAGUCACCUGCGAGAUCUGCCACGAGGAGUUCAUAUCUCUGGCCCAGCUGGAGCCACACUAUGUGCACCACAGUGAGAGCAUCGGCCCGGUGGAGAACCGGAAGAAGCCAAACCUGGUGUGUCAGGAGUGCCAGGGAGAGUUCUCCAGCCAUUCCAUGCUGACCCACCACAUGAAGGUUCACAGGAAGGUAAAGAAGUUGACGUCCACUAAACCAAAGAGGAAAAUAGCUGACCGCUCCAGGUUUGAGAACAAAUGUCACGAGUGCGAAAAGAACUUCAUCAAGCCAUCGCAGCUGAAGAGACACAUGAUGAUCCACACCGGAGAGCGACCGUUCAAGUGCACGUUUCCGGGGUGUGACCGAGCGUUCAACCAGAAGUACACGAUGCUCAUCCACCUGGACAUCCACACCGGCCGCAAGGACUACAAGUGCGAGUUUUGCAACAAGGAGUUUGUCCAGAAGAGUAACUUGCGGUGUCACAUUAAGCGUGUGCAUCCAGUGAACAAGGGCGGCCAGCAGUUGUUUGAGUGUGAGGAGUGUUCAUGUGUGUUCAAGCGUGCCGGCAGCCUCAAUGCACAUAUAUCUCGCGCCCACACCAACGAAGCCAUCAUUGGACUUGAUACUGCUCCAGCUGAUGUCCGCGAUGUUUUCAAGGAGAUACAGGAGUUGGAGAAAGCUACCCAAAGUAAUCAGAAGGAUUUCCUGCCAUUAAGGGUGAGUCAGCCCCAAAAGAAGCAGGAUCUUGAGCACACUGGUCAACAGGAAUCACAAAGCAAGGUGGUGGUGACGAGCACCAAUGAAUCAAGUACCUCAACCAUUCAGGUGAAUGCCAGUGAGGGUGACAUUCUGCAGCAAGCCUUGAAGAACAUUGGUCUCUCACAGUCAAAGGAACAAACUCACAUGCUGAAAGAUGGAAUGAAGAUGAAGGUUGAGGCUGAUGACAUACAAACUGAGGGCUGCUGGCCACUAGAGGGACAGCCAGUGGACACGUCACGCCUUGCAGAGUGCAGCAAGAUGCGCGUCAUGACUCUUGUUGAUCGUAACCAUGAGAAUGGAGUGAAGAGAUUCUCUGUGCUAGUUAAGAUUGUGAAAGAUGUGAAAUGGCACAUCUGCAUAUUCAAAGGUUGCACCAAGGAGUUCAAGAAGCCAUCUGACUUGGUUCGUCACAUGAGAGUCCACACAAAUGAUAAACCAUUCAAGUGCAACAAAUGCUUCCGUAACUUUGCUGUUAAGUCAACACUGGUGGCUCACAUGAAGAUCCACCAGGCCAUCAAGGAGCACACCUGCAAGCACUGCAACAAGAAGUUCACCACAGGCACCUCCCUCAGGGUGCACUGCAGGCUCCACACCGGCCAGAAGCCAUACUCUUGUUCCCAGUGCCACAAAGUCUUCCGCACCAUCUCCCACCGCAAGACCCACAUGCUGUCCCACGCCCACUCCCCGCUGCGUCAGGCCCACAGCAAGAAAUACAUGGCUCUGCCCAACAUCCCCCUUCAGGAGCCCAUCCUCAUCACCACAGCUGGCCCAGUGAAGCAGCUGAACCGCUACAGCCAAAUCUACCCGAGUGAGACUGGGGAAUUCCCACCUGACCGCCCCCACAAGUGCCAUUAUUGUCCAGCUGCCUUCAAAAAGUCCUCCCACCUCAAGCAGCAUGAGCGGGCACACACAGGGGAGCGUCCCUACAAGUGUAGCAAUUGCAGCAAACAGUUUCUAUCUCUGAGCGUGCUGAAGUCCCACCACAAGACCCACACAGGCCAGCGGACACACAAGUGUGACCUUUGCAGCCGUUUGUUUGCCACAAAUGGCAGCCUGAGGAGACACAAAACAAUCCACUCUUCAGAACGCCCUUAUAUGUGCCCAUACUGCCAGAAAACUUUCAAGACAAACACAAACUGUAAGAAGCACAUGAAGACCCACAGGCAUGAGCUAGCUAUGGAAGCAGUGAGAGCAGCAGGCUCCAACCUUCAAGGAGACAACCAGCAAGCUCUCCUCACCACCAGUCUUUAUGGGCAGCAGUCUGCAGCAACUUUGUCUGAAGCUGAUGUUUCAGAGUUGACAGGCAUGACAGGAGUCUUUCAGGAGGGAGAUUUCCCUCUGUCGGGGGAGUUGCAGCAGCAAGCUCAUCACCAGCGGCAGGAGGAACAAGGAACAACUCAGGUUCUACCAGCAGCCUUUGGACAAGGUGUUGGCGAGGAAGGGCUUACCUUGGCUGACCUCCAGACUGGAGUUGAAAGCAGUUUAACUUCAGGAGAGACAGUCAUUAUAGGGUCACAAACCCCAGCCAUCACAGCACAUCUGGGCAGCUCCUCAGUGCUUCUUCCUCAUUCCUCAGGUGGACAGGGCUCUAAUGGUUCCUCCAUCCUUCUUCCACAUUCCUCUGCCUCCUCCAUCCUCCAGGAGACCAGUACCACAUCUAUCCUGCAGAGCACAAGUGGCUCUUCCAUCCUCCUGUCCAGUCCCUCCGUUCAAGUGUCCCAAGCCUCAGUCCCAAGCCACUUCACUCAGACCAGUGGAGGGACCACUAUCCUUACCAUUCCUCAGUCAUCAGGAGCCAGCAUCCUCACUGUCCACCAGCCCUCAGUCAUACAAGGACCUACACGGGAGGAAACUGCAAAUGUCACCUCUGUGAUACAGUCCCAGCCCAGCAUCUUGAACCAGUCAGCCGCCUCUCACUACUCCACCGCCAUACCUUCCCGACAGACAAUACUAGACCACAGUCAAGAUUUCAAUACCUUGGGAGACCCUGGAGGAUUAGAAAUGGUCAAUCUGCCCUCUUCCAUGAUUAACAGCACCACCCAGGUCUUGCCAGCCAACCUACAGCUUGAGGGGAGCAGGGAAGCAGUUAUCACCAGCUCUGCAGAUCAAGCAGGCUCAGGAGAGGGCAGCCUUGGAGGAUCCUCGGGUGAUGUCCUAACGGCCAGCCUGGUGGAGCAGGACGAGGGUGGCCGUGUUGUGUCCUCUCACCACGCCAGUGAUGCUGCCGCUGCCACCACGGCCACCACCUUGCUCGAGUCCAACUUUGACACUCAAGCUUUCUCUGAUGGCUUCACCUUCCAUGUUACACCUACCUUGGACUUGGCAAACCUGGGGCAGGGGAGUGAAAUUCCCUCAUCCCAGCUGGUGCAGUUACUGAGUUCCCAGGAGUCCAUGGGUGAUAUGUCCGACAUUGGCCCCUCAGGAGACACGUCCAGUUCUGCCCCGACUCAGAAGGAACCACACGAGACCACUGUGGCGGUCACCAAGAUGUACCAAUGUGGUGACUGCAAGAAGAUGUUCAAGAAGCUGCCUCACCUCCGCUCCCAUCGGCGAAUACACAGCUCGGAGAAGGGUGCCACCUGCAGUAAAGAAUUCAACUCAUCCCAGGCCUUUAAGGAGCACCAACAGGAGCACCUUGAUUCCUUGGAUAAAAACCAGUGUUACUCCUGCCCGAAGCAGUUCCAAUCAUCUGGUCAGCUUGCCAAACACGUUCAAGCGGAACAUCUCAACACGUGGCGGUGUCCUGUGUGUGAGGAAACCAUACAUUCAAACACGACAGCAUUCCAGAAACAUAUUCGAUCUCACAGCAUUGACCUAUUAAACGAAGCCAUCAAUAAAACCAAGCCGAGUGAUGUGACCACUGAGCCUAAGGACAAAACUGUUAUCCUCACGCCUGAGGAGAUGGACACCAUCCUUCAGCAGACCACUGAGACCAAUGCUAGUGUGGAGGAGGGACAGGUCAAGCAGGAAGGGAAGGGUGGUGACAGCAAACAGAAGCAUUCAGCCCAGGAGGAAGAGAACCUUCAUGUGGUGUACAUCAAAGAGAAUCAGUCAGAAGAGGCUGACACACAGAAACAUGCACAUUCCUGCAAGAUGUGCAGUAAAAGCUUCAAGAAACCCUCAGACUUGGUGCGGCACAUCAGAAUCCACACUGGAGAGAGACCAUUUUCUUGUUCUCAAUGUGGUAAGGCUUUUGCUGUUAAAUCUACUUUGGAUGUGCAUAUGAAGACACAUUCCAAGAAGAAGGAUUUCAUGUGCCACAUUUGCAACACUAUGUUUGCAACUAAAGGGAGCUUGAGCAUACACAUGAGACUGCACACCGGGGACAAGCCGUUCAAGUGCAACCAUUGUGGGAUGAAGUUCAGGACGUCCGGCCAUCGCAAGGCUCACAUCAUCAAACACUUCAAAACCACCCCCUCUGUGACCACAAAGGUGUCAACCAAGCUCUCAGCAGUGGAAGAAGACCCCUUGACAACUGAACAGACUGUCAUGGAAAUUCCAAAUGAAGAAAACCUUAAUCCUGUCAUAAUGAUGUCAGAUGGCACUGUCUCGCUACAGAUACAUGGCCUCAAUCUAGGAAGUAUAGAUCCUUCAUCUCUAUUGAACAUCCAGCCAAUGACUCUGGAUGAAAGUCUGCUGAGUCAGCUACAAGCCUCUGGAGUAGCCAUGUUGGGGACUGGGGAAGGACCAGGGGAUGAGGAUGCCGAGGACUCUAUUUCCGUUAAUCCUAAUGUGGUCAUGACUCAGCCUCAGAAUGUUCGCACCUCUAACAGCGAAAACUUUGAUGAUAAUGACUUUGAGAUCUGCAUGGUUGACAAUGGGAGGUUAGUCACAGAGCCUUCAAUCAGCAUAUUGGAGCAGGAUGCUACAACAACCUCAGAAAGUAGUGCAUUCAUAUCCCAGGAACUCACCCUCUCUGACAUUGCUGUGCCUGGGCAGAACAAUACCAUCCAGUGUACCUUGUGCUCAAAACACUUUUCAAAGGUAGUUGAGUGGCAGGAACACCUAAUGUCACACAAUAUUUUCAUUAAGGUGGGACAGGAUGGUGACAACUUAGAGAAUGAUAUACAAGAGUCCAUUGUUGUCCCAGAAGCUGUAUUGGGUGAGACUCAGGUCAACACCACCACACUCCAGUCAAUACAGUCUGAGAAAAAUACCCCAAGUCUGGAGCUGGAGGAAAUCAUUGGUCCCAAACUCGAUUCUAGCACCAACUAUAGGUGUACUGUGCUAAAUUGUGGAAAAUAUUUUAAAUAUGAAGCAGGUCUUAGUCAACACAUGAUCUCAGCACACUUGAAGCAGUUUGAGUGUUGGAGGUGUGGUGUGGUGUUAGGCUCAGCAGGUAGUCUUCAAAAACACAUGAAGCUGCAUCAAAAUGAAGUGAAGGGACUUCGUUGUGUGUUUUGCCCGGAGCAGUUCUCUCCAAGGACUGCUCUAUACUCACACAUUAUCGAAGAGCACCGACAGCUGGCUCUUGAUAAUCCCCUCGCCAUUGAGAAGGUGGGGCUAAAAAUUAAUCUGACCUCAGAAGCUCCACGGGACGGGUCCAUAGGAGGCAGCCAGGGUGCCGGAGAGGAGCUUGACCCCUCUGAACUUUUCCCAACCGUUAACAAUUCAUCACAUCUGGAGUGAAGGACUCGAGGGAAUGUUAGAUUGUGUUCUUCAGGAUUCCUUUCCAUUAUCUCAUCAGCACAUUUUUAAACAUUCCCUGAUGCUUAUUUAAAAGCAUCACAACUACUCAAGCUAAAUUUGAUCUCAAAUUGUUAACUUAAAUAUUAUUCUAAGUCAUAUUUUUCUGCAUCUAUCUAAUAGAAAAUAGUUCUUGAGAACAAGUUAGCUUGGCACACUGACAGCUCUGUGAUAAGUUUUUAUCACAUAUGCCAAAGAUGGUAAAUAUUACCUUUUAUACUUAAAACAAAUGGAAAAUGAAUGCAUUAGAUUAGACUUUCCCUGCAUCUACAAGCCAUAACAUGUGGUUUCUUGAUUAUCAUGAAUACGAAGGCAACUCCUGCCAGCAGAAUAGGCAGAUAUCUGUGAUAUGCCGACUUAUUUCAACUGAAUGAUAGCAAGUUAUGGUCCCUUUUAUGAAUGCCAUGCUCAUGCAUGACAAGCACAAACCAGUGACUUUUAAGUAAUUUUGGCAAAAUAUUUAAAUGCUGAUAUGCAAGACUAUCCUUUUACUUUUCAUGCUUAGAUUAUAGCAUUUUAGCAGUUUAAAUUUUUUAUUGUAUGAGAACAAAUGUUAUAUAACCUUUGCAGCACAGUGCCUACCUGUCAAUUCACAGACUUGACUAGCCAUUUGGGUCCCCAAAUGAUGCAAAGCUAGACUUUCCUCAUAAGUUUCUUGACAAAAAAGGUCUAUAGGGAAAAACAAACUCUGGUAACAAUGUUGUGGGGUGAAUGGUCUUUCAGGCUUCAAGAGCCCAAGGAAACUGAUUAAUUCGGCUAUGUUCCACCAUCUUCACCAACAAGCUUGGCAUUAGUCUUUAAUUAAAAGUAUUGAUGCCACUAAGCUAUAACAUACUACAGUACAAGUCCUUUGAUCCCAUUACUGAUACUCCAGCAAACCCAGUAAUUUAUUUUCAUGGGCGUAGCCAGUGAUAAUCAAGUGCUGCCCAGUCCCUCUUUCUCACCCUCGUAGCAAAUGGGUGAACUAAAUUGGAAGGGAUGCCCACCUGCCCCUACCCAUACAGUAACUAUAGAUGGGCUGGUAGUGUUAAUGAUAUUAUUUGAGUACUGGAACUUAAAUUUUCCUGAAGGGUAAAGAGGAGUUGAUCUUUUUUUAAUGCAACUGUACAGUCUUCAUGUGUACUAAGAACACAAAGCUAGUGGAAAAUUUCUCAUACACUGGUAGCAGUGAUGCAAAACAAUUGCAGGUCAUGUUAAAUUUCACAGCAGAUCGGUUUGUUAACCCGUGGGCUUCAGCUAUGGGAAAGCCGAGAAGUGGCCGAGAAACGACAAAAUUACACUGCAUUUUGACACUAAGAAAAGAGCAUGGAACGUACAUCAGAGUACUCCUCUCAUAACCAUAAACCCAUUAAAAACAUUUACUUUUACUCAAACUCCAUUCUUUUUGGGUGGUGUUUGUUACAAAAUAAACAGUCGUGACGCAUGGCAUCUAGCCGAGUCGCUUGUUGUCUACUAUAGAUAAUUUGACAAAUGAUUACAGUAUGCCAUGACCUUACAGUACCACCUAUGACAAAAAAGCCCACCUCAAGAUCACUCAUCCACCACAAUGACCUGGGCAUUCAUGGUGGGUUGCGCUAUGCCACCACUGCCUGCAAUUAGCUCGAAUUAGGUGUUUUUUGGCAAGCCCUUUUUAGGGUCCACCGUACCACAGCCACGACUCGUGAAAGCCCUGAAAAAGGUCUGCCGACGUUCUCGGGUUAAGGACCUGACACAAGUAUGUGGUAUUGUCAGUACCUGUACGGGACCAACCCCUGACCUGGAUUGGUUGGGAGGGACCUACAACCUCUCCCUAUAAAUCCCAAGUCUCUGCCCCAUUCAAAGUAAGAUUUUGAGGUUGCUGCUCAUGCUGCAACCCCAAUCUGCGUUUUGCUGAGGGAGGCCCGACCGUGUGGUGGGCUACCUCGAUGCAGCAGCAUCAUAUGAGCCUGUCACCCAUGAAGGGGGCAAGGCAAAGCCUAUGGUACCCUUGCAUCUUGAAGGGAAGAGGGUCCCUUAGCCUUUCUUUUUGUUUUGGGGGUGGCAGAACAAGGCCCAGGAUUAUUCUUUGGGGGGUUCUGUGUGGAGGCUCCUGGAACAUCCUGAGCCUCUUGGAGAAUCACUGAUUGCCUUACCUAGUGAAUGAGCCCUGAAGACUGAGGGGGGGUAUAGUGAGACUGAGAUAAAGUGGUAUGGCAGUGGCAAGAUCAGUAAUUGCGGGUGCAAUGAGCAUGAGCAAUGGUACCCACCUUAUGGGGUAAUUAUAGGCAUCUCCAGCCAUUUGUGGUUGAGGUUACUCCAGUUCAUGAGUGUAUAAUGCGACGAAGACUGAAGCACACCUUGGGCUUCAUGUUUCUAGUUGCAGUGUAUGACUCCCCCAAGAUAUGUGAAACUGGAGGUGGAGAUGUUCUACACAAAACUCAACUCCAUACUAGACCAGUGACCCCCCCGGGACACACUCAGUGUUUUGGGUGACUUUAACCUGUACAGCCCCGCGCUAUUUUGAGCUUUUUUUCACCUCGAUCCCGAACCACUAUUGAUUUUUUUUAUUGCACAAAUCGGUUGGAAAUGAUCUAAAAUCAAGGGGAAAAGGUAUAGUAAUGCUCAUAUCAGCUUAUAAGACUUCUCAGUUUUGAGCGGCGAGGUGAUAUAUGGUGCAGGGGAGGGCAAGCAUGACAGAGAUGGGCCAGCAGGGUCAGCGGUGGGGUCGGCCGACCCACUGCCUGCAGGACCUCGCCGCUUCUUCCCUCUCCUCUGCCUGUCUCCCUGCGCAAACCCAAGGGCCUCGGCUGUCUCCUCCUCCAUUGACUCAUCGGCAGUGGACACCAUACCCUCUUCCGUAGCGUGGAGUGACAACGGUAAUUCCACAAAGCAACUGGUAUCACCAUGUGUGGCUGCCCUCGCCGCUAUGGGUAUGAUGGAGGUUUCAGCCUCAGCAAGUUCAUCCUGAGUUGGCUCAUACUCAUCCCCAGAUGACUCAGACUCAAUGAAUUCACAAUCAGUCCAGAAGCAUAUUCAGAGCCUCUUGGGCAGAAAGUGGAGCGGUGGCAGUCAGACAUGACAAACAUUCCUGGCUACUUACAAGGUUCUGUCACCGCGGCAAGUGGGAAGAGUGGAGGGAGAGUUGCUAAUUCUCAAUUUUGCCCAAAAUUGUUCAUAUUUACUUUCUAAUUGUGCAGCUAUACCUGCACCCAUCGGGUAGAACGUUACAGCAAAAGACUCACCAAUCCCUCCUUUUGAAUAUGCAAAAGACCCGAAGUUCAUAGAGUGAAUGGUUUGGCAGUGAAGAAGUAAGGAACUUGGUGUCGGCUAUAGACGGCAGCGGGUCCUCAGUGUACAAAUGCGGUGACGGCUAUAGACAGCAGUGGGGCUGUACAGGUUAAUGCUAUUACUGGCAUUGACAGGUCGACUUGGCUAUGAGUUAUGUGUUGGUGGUCCCCAUGGUUCUGGUACCAGAAACACCAACAGCUCUCUCCUCCUGAAUUAUGCAAGAUCCAGGAGGUUGAGAAUUGGAGGUUCUUGGUAUCAGAAACCAGAGCUAACUGCUGGACUUGGCAUAGUAAUGCCGAAAGUGUAGCUAAGGAGAUUAACCAUAUCCUCAUAAGUACUUGUUGGGGUAUUCUCCAGAACUGUAUGGUUUUCUAGAGUGCAAAUUUCUUUGCAACAGAUCAUAGGUUUGUGCAAAACUCAAGCUUCAUGUCAAGUCAAGAAAAAUGCUGAGAUGUAAACUACACUUUCAUCUCAUGAGACUGAAAAACUUGCAGUGAUAAGUCUCAAAUCAACUUGAUGUGCUUAGCACUCUUGAGGAACAUGUAGAUUUGUGGGAAGAUUAUAUGCCACAAAUAUUCAUGUCAAACUAAUGAUGGCCAUAAUUCAGAGCCCUGUUAAGUAAUCUUAAAUUGAUACCUGUUACACUGACAUUUUACUGUGCCAUCCAACUGCCAGGAAUUUCUUAGUUUAGCAUGAGGCAGGUCCUCUGCAGACUGGGUCAUAAGACUUGUGCUGUGGACUGAUAAGAGGUUAACACAUUUCACAUCAUAUAACAGUGUGAUGUUUAGUAUCCACACAACCAUCUGUUGAGCAACAUCUGUACCUUGGAUCAUUUUUAUACAGAUUCCUCCUCAGUGAGACCCAAGAUCUGCAACCGUUUCAAAGCAUCAUAAAAGGUGCAUGCACCAUGCAAAUUGUUUGUAGGAGUCACUACAUUCCAGUAUGCUGCAAUUAUUAUUAAUAAAAUAUUUGUAAAUAUAUAAAUUAUUCAGGAUUUGUGAAGCGGGAGCAACCUAUAUACUCAUUGUUGAGGAACCUUAGGCUACACCUUUGCCAAGUAAGUCGAGUAGAGCUGUCAAUAGAAUCUUGGGUUGUGUGACCUGCCAUUUGAGAGGAUAUUAUGUGGUAUGAACUUUAAAAUUGUUCACACCAGGAUAGUAGAGUGAAGUUGUCCUGAUUUGAUUUAUCUUUCUUUCUAGAGGUCCAUAUAAAAGAUUUAACAAUCUGUAGAGGUACAUAUUAAACAAAGUUCCCUUCAAUGGCAAGUCAAAGAUUCAUUGCGACAACUCUACUUUUUUAUGUGAAUGCUGCCGAAAGGCCCACACACACACGCUCAGUGGCACACUGCGUAAAGGCACUGCAUGAAAGGUUUGAGUAAUGUAGUUUGCGAGUGUGUUGAGGUAGUUUGUGAAACUGUGUGCGCACUGUGUAAAUUCAGUCACUUCCUUAAAACAUGAGGUCCCAGCACUGCACAAACCUAGAAUGAGCAUGACGCCUUUUGCUCAUUCUGUGCGCCCACACUAACAGCAUCUCCUUAAGUGCAGUGCCACUGAGUGUGAAUGGGCCCCUCAAGGUUGAUCAUGGGACUCUUACAUUACAAUACAAAAGGGUGCAAUUUCAGAAAAGGAUCACUCGUCUGUCUAGGUUUGAACACACCAAGGUGGGCAGCAUAUGAGGUCAAACAAAUGUCUGAAAUACGAGUGGAGGGUACACGCUCACCCAUUUUGCUGUGAAUUUCUCUCUCUGACUGCAACUUGCCUUGGGAAUGUUUCUGCCAUCUUCUGGACAUGAAUAUUGGGGUAUUGGAGGUGCUGCUUCUGGAGGCAUUAAAAUUUAGAGGAAUGAUGAAAGAAAUGAUUGAUAUCUUUUUUUUUUUUUACAUACCCCACAAUUUAGAAUAUGAACUAUUAAUCAUUAAUGCAUUAUUUGAGAAGUUGAAUCUAGAUGUCAUAAAAUGGAAUACAAGUAUGUAAUGAGGCAUUGCACAGCCCAUGACAACUCAAGUGACUGAGUAUUAUUUUUUGUAUAAUUAUGUAGAUACAGGACUUUGUUAAUGCUUUCAUAUAUAUAUUUAUUGAGUUUAUGAAACAUUCAAAUUUUAUUAUUCACAUCCACCCAUUGUAUUAUAACCAUAACCAUCAUAUAUAUAUAUAUAUAUAUAUAUAUAUAUAUAUAUAUAUAUAUAUAUAUAUAUAUAUAUAUAUAUA